AGGUUGAAAAGCAGCAUUUUUUAUUUUGAGUUUUAAUAAGAGUUGUAGGAAACGUACGGAAAUUUAGUCUUUUAAAUAAUACAUAGAUGUGCUUGAUUAUUUAUUAGUUUUUGUGGUCCUCACAAUGAAUAUUUCAACUGAUUUUGGUCCUGACUCAGGGGGCCGAGUAAAGGGACUUACGAUUGUUAAACCCUUGGUGUACGGCAACAUCGCUCGUUCGUUUGGCAAGAAGCGCGAAGAGGAUGGCCACACUCACCAGUGGACGGUGUACGUAAAACCCUACCGCAACGAGGACAUGUCUACCUAUGUGAAAAAGAUUCACUUCAAGCUGCACGAGAGCUAUGUUAAUCCAAAUCGGGUUGUAACGAAACCUCCAUUCGAAGUCACCGAAACCGGUUGGGGAGAGUUCGAGAUUGUGAUCAAAAUCCACUUUCAUGAUCCUACGGAGCGACCGGUUACGAUGUAUCACAUCCUGAAGCUAUUCCAGUCUCCGAUCUUGGAUGGUGAAGUCUCCAGCCAAUUAGAGGGUAAAAAGGGUCUAGUUUCGGAGCAGUACGAGGAGAUUGUUUUCCAAGAACCAACACAGCUCAUGCAGCAGUUGCUAACUAAUGUUCAGCCUGUGACAAGUGGAUCCUGGAAACAUGACACUGAUUUUGAGGAAAAGAAGGUUCAAUCAUUGGAGACUAUAAUCGAGACAAAAGGAAAGGUGAAGUCAGAAAUUGCCCUACUCAAGGAUAAGCUAAAGUUAGCUCGGGAAACGAUAGCAAAGUUCAAAACUGAAAUUGGCAAAGUACAGGUUCAACAGCCUGCUGCCUAGAGGACAGCGGAUGUUGUAAGUUUUUUGUUUUUUGACUGAUUCAUCGAUCUUUUACCAACAAACUAUAAUAUACAUAAAUUAAACCGCUAAAGUAA